CGCAAGCGUCCGUAACAUAAAGGAAAAUUAGUUGGUAUUGGCAAAUGGGCUGGAUCGGUUUUAAACGGGAACUUUAUUUCAUAACGCCCGUCAACAAAUUUUAUGUCUUUAACAAAUUGGGUUGAUACCUUGUCUUCAAAGUUUUCCCCGGGAUCCUCUUUUAUACCUAUUCCUUCUAGGGAAAGAAAUUGUUGUAUUUGGUCAUCGAUUUGAGAGCAAAAAUUAGUAUUGUGUAUUAGACUAUUACUGGGUGAGUACGGUUUGCCGGCCACAAUAGGGCCGAGAAGGGUGCUAACUAAAGUAUAUCCAGAUGGAAGCUUUUUUAUUGGAGUGGGUUCAAGAUCAUAAUAGUAGUCACUUCCUAAUAAUAUUACUGGGUAUAUUAUUUCGGCUGGAGGCAAAAAUUCGGAAGUGCUAUUUAUUGUCUCAAAAAAUGGGGGAAUAUAUUUUGUGGGUUGUGUUAAAUGAUUAAUUGUACAAGCAUUAAUGUAAAUGGAUCGGCCGUCUAUAAGUUUUAGGCCAAAUUCAGUGGAAAAGGUGGUGGUCGUUUGACACGAGGGAUUGCUAAAUACUCCUAAAUUAACUGUAGUGGGUUUCAUAUUUAGUCCUAGUGAAAUUGCUUCGGACUUUUGUAUGUAGGAGUGGGUACUAGCAUCAUCUAACAUUAAAAAGCCUGUACUACGUUUUGACGGGUAAGUCGGAUUGAAGAACUCUACUCUAAUACAUUUAAGCAGUAUCGGUGGGCUUGAAUUUGGUUUUCGAGGGUAAACAUACCGUGAUGAAGUAUUUAUUUGGGCGGGGCCAAUAGUUUUUGUUUCUGGGUUUGGUGAUGGCUGUUUUUGUUCAUUUUUAUAUUUUGAAUGAUUUUGACGUGAGGGAAAUUCAUUAAAAUUUUGUGAAGAUGUGCUAUCAAAUAGUGAUGGUAUUUGUGAAGGUUGGGGUUGUGAAUAAUUAGUUUGAUAAGGAAAUUGUGGAUUGGUACGAUUUGAAUUAUUGGUAUUGUACCGUGAAUUAUUAAAGGUGUUUGUGUUAUUUUGAGGUAAAUUAAAUAAAGUUCGACAAAUAGCUCUUGGAUGAUUAUUUUGACAGAAAGUGCAUUUAAUAGGACGGGGACAGUUCAUUGAUUGGUGGUUAUUUUUAAAACAUUUAAAACACAGUCCUUUUUCUCGCAGACGGGAUGUACGUGUUUGAAGGUUGGGGUAUUGUGUGCAUGCGUUUGAAAAAUGAGAAAAUUGGUUACAAAAUACGCAUGGAAAUCUUGAUCUAGGCAUUGGCAUGUUAUUACGGGUGGUAGAAAAUGUUAAUGAGGAAUUAGGGGUGUGAGGCGGUGAACUUUCAUUAGUCCAAUUGUUUCUUGGGGAUCUGGGUGAAAAACGUGUUGCUUCUGGUAUAUUCAAUUCUUUCUUUUGAUCCUUUAAUGAUUUUAUACCUUCUUUGCGCUUCAAUAUUUG